ACUGAACUGCAUUAAUAAUGUUUUAGACAGUCGGGUGACAUCGGGUCACAUUCGAAUAGAAAUCUUUGGAGAAAAAGGGUUUUGCUUUCAAUUUUAUUCAGAACAGUUGAGUCUCCACAUCCACCACCAGAUGGCAACGCAAAGCUAUUGACACAUUAUUACAUAGUGUCCACAGCUAACUGGACUGCAGCCCUGAGCAUAGUACAGUGAAAGACCUGCCUUGUAAAUACUGUGUAACGUAACAGUCGUUUGGCACGGGUGCAGGUUGAGCUAGGCUGAGUAACGUAGGCAACCCCACAGAACACACGAAAACAGGGAGGAAACUAUUAUUACUGGAACGUUCCAGACCAAACAUUGUCACAUCCGAGCCGGCCUUAGCCUGGUAAGAGCAGAACCUCUCAGCGGAACCAAUUAUUCUACAGAACCUUCAAAUCAACCAUAGUGGUAAUGGAAAAAUCUAAAGAAGCAGCAAAGCACAGCCAAGGUAGAAAAGGUUCAUCAACUUCAACAAAAGAGAGCCAAGAAAAGGUACCACUGGGAGACCCUGUGUUGCCAUGUAGGCUGUCCUUCAGACCAGCAGCUCCUAGACAGGCUAAUACCCAGGCCCUGCGCCCAGGGCUCUUCAGCAUGCAGGGGCUCCUCGCUGCACAGAAGUUCUCCAGGGGACUCAAGGAACGCGUUGCACAGAAGAUCGGAGCGAGUAAAGUCCUGGCAAGGAAACUGACGGUUAUAGUCAACGAGCAGGUGUCUGCAGGUUCGGCCGAGCCCACAGAGCGGUUCCCCAGCGGCCUGGCCGGUCAGCUCCUGCAGGACCUCCUGUGGUCUCGGUUGGAGGCAGUUGCCUCGAGCGCUGCCUGCUGUGGAAGCGUGGUGAAGGCACUGAGUGAAGAGGCGAGGGCUCUGCUGAGGACCGUGUGUCCUCCACGCUAUCGGUUGGUUUGUACCGUGACCCUGGUCCAGCUCAGUCCAGAGGGACAGCAGGGAAAAGGCCUCAUUCUGGCUAGUCGCUGUCUCUGGGACCCCCAUGCAGACAAAGGGGUUUCCUACACACACCAGAGCCAGCAGAUGUGUUGCACUGCUAAUGUGUUUGCUGUGUACUAUGAGUAA